AUGAGGGAAGGCAUGCAACGAAUCACAAUCGCGAUUGAAAAGCUUGAAAAAUCGUCUCGAAAUGUUGCCAACGUUGUCAACUCCAUGAAUAGUGAUAUUGUUGUUGUUGGGGGUGUGGGUCCCGAAACAGAUAAGGCCCUCUCUUCCGUGGAGCGUUUUAACUUCUUCAACCAAACCUGGACACCACUGGCUGAGUUGAAAAUGGGUCGAUUUGGUGCAGCAGCUGUGGUGUUUGAAAAUCAAAUACUUGUUUGUGGCGGAGUUAUCGGUGACAACUCUGAUGAACCCACAGAUAGCAUAGAAGUAUUGGAUCUGAAUGUUAAUCCUCCAACAUGGCAGGAGUUUGCUGGCAAUCUUCCUAUCGAAGCGUGUGCUCACAAGUGCGUUGUUUAUGGCAAUCGUUUGCUGAUUAUUGGUGGCGGAACGAAUGAAAAGAAUUUCGAUACGAUAUAUGAGCUGCUCCUUGUUCCUCCAUAUUCAUCCAAGUUGCUUUGUCACAGGAAGAAGGGACGAGCUGCACACGGAGUGGAGUUAUUCCAUGAUAAGGUUUUGAUCGCCGGUGGGAAAGGAACGGAAACUGAUGUGGAAAUAUUCGACAUAACAAGGAAUGAAUGUGUUGAAAUGCCACCACUGCCAACUCCUCUUUGGGGUAUGGCAACAGUUCGUCGUGAUGACACCAUGCUUUUGGUCGGAGGGCAAGACAACGAAAACAACAGCAAUGAGAUUAUCGAGUAUGAUUUUAAAUCUGGUCAGACUAAGAAUCUAGCAUGGACAUGGACAUGGACAUGGAAACGGAGAGGUUUGGUAGUUCUGCUGUGUAUAGUGGUAAUGCUCUUGUUGUAA